AUGGCUGGUUUAAUCUCAUCACCUGAUUCAAAUAAGCUCCAAAGACAUAAUGUGGCUGACAUGAAAGAUAUGAUUAGCAACUUACCCGAUAGCAUUCUUCAUUACAUUCUUUCUUUACUCCCUACGAAAGAUGCUAUACAAACUUCCAUUUUGGCGAAAAGGUGGAAGUACUUGUGGACCGGCUUAUGUGUCUUUGAUUUUAGAAAGUUCAGUGUCAUGAUUGAUCCAGCUUGUGCCAUGCUUCAUGGAUUUUCGAUUGAUGCGAAUAAAGUUAAUUCUCUUAUAUCUGCUGCAAUGAAGCACAACAUUGAAGAGCUUAAGCUUUUCCUACCUGUGAGGCCUCUAUUUAAUUUAUCUAAUUGUUUCUCAGCUUCUAAAUCAUUGAAUAAGCUGGUUUUACAUUUGGGUUGUGUUCUAGAUGUUUCUAGCGACAUUCAUUUUCCUAGCCUAAAGACAUUAAAGCUUUCAUUUGUUACCUUUGCAAAUGAGAAGUCAGCUCUACAACUUUUCUCUGGGUGCCCUGUCCUACAGAAGUUAAGCUUGUGUAAUUGUAAUUGGGACAACAUUGAGCAGAUCAACAUAAAAUUUCCCACAUUAAAGACAUUAACCAUCUCUGGCGCCUGUUCCUGUCGAGGUCAUUUGCUCAAUUUUACAGUCACAAUUGAUGUUGCGAAUCUUUUAUCUUUUAGUUAUAAAAGCCAUGUGACAAUAGAAUUAGUCUUUGUUAACCUGGCCUCCAUAGUUGAUGCACAUAUUGAUGUUCCUCCCUCAGAAAGUCUAAUUAAACUAUUGAGUGGACUUGGUAGUAUCAAAUCUCUUAGACUAUCAAAUGAUAUGCUUGAGUGUUUUUCCAAUGCUUUCCAUCUCCUUCCAAUGUUCAACAAUUUGACACAUCUUAAUGUGGAUUUGGGAUAUUGGAUUUCCCCAGAUAUCUGCUUGGAUGGUGAAGACUGGAUAUUGAACUCAGUACCUUCUUGUUUCAAAUAUAGUCUCAAAUUAUUUUCUAUUUCAAAUUUUGAUGGGGGUGAAGCUGAAAUUCAGUUGCUAAAGUUCUUAUUAGAAAAUGCCACAGUUUUAGCAGAAAUCCGGAUAUUCUGUUCGAAAACUUUAUCUGCUGAUUUGAAGAAGCAGGCUGAGAUCGGCAAUCAGUUGCAACUCGCUUGCAGAAUUAUUCUGGGUCUUUUAACGCGCGCUAGGAAGGUAUACAUUAACUCGAGGUUUGAUGGUUGUUUUCUAGAAUUUUGGAUGUUGAGGGGAUUUGAGAAUUUGCUAGUGGAUGCUUAA